AUGUGGGGGUUUGUUCUUUGUCUCCUUGUGGCCUUGGCCGGUAAGUGUAGCUGAGAAGCAAAAAUAUAGAAAAUAUUUUAUUGAGCUAAUUAUGACACUGGUUUUGAUUAUAUAUUCAUUUUUUCAUUUCAGCAUGUAACAAUAUCAGUUAUGGUGAGUUUGUUAUCCAGCGAUUUGAAAUGUGUCAUUUAAACCUAACCUUGCAUUCAAAUGAGCAUUUAUUCAUAAAUAAUGGUAUAUCAAUGAUGUAUUGUAGAGCCUGGCUUGAACCCUAAGAAAACCUAUGAGUACAAAUAUGAGGGAAUGGUGACUAUUGGGCGUGGCAUGCCAAACCUUGCAGAGUCUGGUGUGAGACUCAUGUGCAAAGUCAAGAUCAUUGGUGUGUCUGCACAAACAUACCUUCUCCAGGUAUGCAUUCAAUUAAAAUGACCAAUGCGAGGUACUUCAUAGGCAUUUAGCUCAUAUUUCAGAACAGAAAUAUACUGCAUGUGUUAUUUUAAGGAUCUAAGUUUGUUUUGAUUAAACUAAUUUAAAAACUUCAAUUAAUCGUAAAUAAACUAACAAGUAAUUCUACCUGGUGAUCCAAUUAUAUUUUCUUGUUUUAAGGUUUCAAACUUGAACUUCGAGGAGUUCAAUGGCAUUCCAGGGAAGAAUGCAUUUGAUGCCUCACCAAAGCUUACCAAACGGAUUGCUGCCGAGCUCAGCAAACCCUUCAUGUUCGAGUACGCCAAGGCACGGGUUGGUGACAUUCGCACCUCUGCUGAAAUAUCUGACACCAUUGUCAAUAUUGUGAGAGGCAUACUUGGGUUCUUCCAAGUCACAGUCAAGACCACCCAAAGAGUGUAUGAGCUUGAGGAGGUAACUAAAACAGGUUUUACAUAAACAAUACUUACAGUAUGUAAUAUUGCAUUUUCAUCUGUAAAGAAAUUGCAGAGAGCAUUGUUAAUGUGAGGUUUUUCUACGUAUUUGUUACCAGUUCGGGAUCCAUGGAUUGUGCCAGAGUACCUAUGCCAUUGAGGAGGAUGCCAACUCCCAAGAAUUGUCAGUCACCCAAAUUGUUGACAUUAAUAACUGCAAAGAAAAGGCAGCCAUUUACAGAGGAAUGGCCCUAGCUGUCGACGACAAACUCUCCAAAGAGGUUUGUCUUUCCUAUCCAUAGACCUAUAUGUGAACAUGCACAAUUCUAUUUAAAAUAGUAUUCAGUGCCAAGACUACAGAGAAUAUCACAGUACAGUUGAAGUCGGAAGUUUACAUACACUUAGGUUGGAGUCAUUAAAACUCGUUUUUCAACCACUCCACAAAUUUCUUGUUAACAAACUAUAGUUUUGGCAAGUCGGUUAGGACAUCUACUUUGUGCAUGACACAAGUAAUUUUUCCAACAAUUGUUUACAGACAGAUUAUUUCACUUAUAAAUCACUGUAUCACAAUUCCAGUGGGUCAGAAGUUUACAUACACUAAGUUGACAGUGCCUUUAAACAGCCUGGAAAAUUCCAGAAAAUGAUGUCAUGGCUUUAGAAGCUUGUGAUAGGCUAAUUGACAUAAUUUGAGUCAAUUGGAGGUGUACCUGUGGAUGUAUUUCAAACUCAGUGCCUCUUUGCUUGACAUCAUGGGAAAAUCUAAGGAAAUCAGCCAAGACCUCAGAAAAAACUAUUAUAGACCUCCACAAAUCUGGUUCAUCCUUGGGAGCAAUUUGCAAAUUCCUGAAGGUACCAAGUUCAUCUGUACAAACAAUAGUACGCAAUUAUAAACACCAUGGGACCAUGCAGCCAUCAUACUGCUAAGGAAGGAGACGCGUUCUGUCUCCUAGAGAUGAACGUACUUUGGUAUGAAAAGUGCAAAUCAAUCCCAGAACAACAGCAAAGGACCUUGUGAAGAUGCUGGAGGAAACAUGUACAAAAUUAUCUAUAUCCACAGUAAAACGAGUCCUAUAUCGACAUAACCUGAAAGUCCGCUCAUCAAGGAAGAAGCCACUGCUACAAAACCGCCAUAAAAAAGCCAGACUACGGUUUGCAACUGCACAUGGAGACAAAUAUCAUACUUUUUGGAUUAAUGUCCUCUGGUCUGAUUAAAGAAAAAUAGAACUGUUUGGCCAUAAUGACCAUCGUUAUGUUUGUAGGAAAAAGGGGAACGCUUGCAAGCCGAAGAACACCAUCACAACUGUGAAGCACGAGAGUGGCAGCAUCAUGCUGUGGGGGUGCUUUGCUGCAGGAGGGACUGGUGCACUUCACAAAAUAGAUGGCAUCAUGAGGAAGGAAAAUUAGGUGGAUAUAUUGAAGCAACAUCUCAAGACGUUAGUCAGGAAGUUAAAGCUUGGUCGCAAAUGGGUCUUCCAAAUGGACAAUGACCCCAAGCAUACUUCCAAAGUUAUGACAAAAUGGCUUAACGACAACAAAAUCAAGGUAUUGGAAUGGCCAUCACAAAGCCCUGACCUCAUUCCUAUAUAAAUGUGUGGGCAGAACUGAAAAAGCAUGUGCGAGCAAGGAGGCCUACAAACCUGACUCAGUUACUCCAGCUCUGUCAGGAGGAAUGGGCCAAAAUUCACCCAACUUAUUGUGGGAAGCUUGUGGAAGGCUACCCGAAACGUUUGACCCAAGUUAAACAAUUUAAAGGCAAUGCUACCAAAUACUAAUUGAGUGUAUGUAAACUUCUGAUCCACUGGGAAUGUGAUGAAAGAAAUAAAAGCUGAAAUAAAUAAUUAUAAAUAAUAAUUAUUCUGACAUUUCACAUUCUUAAAAUAAAGUGGUGAUCCUAACUGACCUAAGACAGGGAAUUUUUACUAGGAUUAAAUGUCAGGAAUUGAGAAAAACUGAGUUUAAAUGUAUUUGACUAAGAUGUAUGUAAACUUCCGACUUCAACUGUAAAUAGUACAUUUUAACAGUCACUCACUUUCAAUCCUUUUUGUAUUCCUUUACGUCAUCUAGAGAGGUGACUCUGUCAUUUCAACAGUGAGAUAUGUCUACACAGUGAAACCAACAGUUGACGGAGGCCUGAUCAAGAAGGCUCAUGCCUUGGAGCACCAGCAUUUCUCCCCAUUCAACGUGAAAGGGGGCAACUCCAAACUGCAAGCCAUGUAUGACAAAUCUCAUUGUUUUCUUUCAUUUCACUAUAUCAAAUUGGGUGUCUGAAAAUGAGAACCACAUGUAGUUGGACUGGAAAGAGAUGUCAGGGUUAGAGGCGUAAUGACUAAGCAGGAGUUUAGUAAAAAAAUAGAUAAAUAAAACAUAAAAAUAUAAAAUAAUUAAAGAGCAGCAGUAAAAUUGUCUCCCGAGUGGUGCAGUGGUCUAAGGCACUCUAUCGCAGUGCUAGCUGUGCCACUAGAGAUCCUGGUUUGAAUCCAGGCUCUGCCGUAGCCGGCCUCGACCGGGAGACCCAUGGAGCGACGCACAAUUGGCCCAGCGUCGUCCAGGGUAGGGGAGGGAAUGGCCGGCAGGGAUGUAGCUCAGUUGGUAGAGCAUGGCGUUUGCAACACCAGGGUUGUGGGUUCGAUUUCCACGGAGGGCCAGUAUAAAAAAAAGAUAUAAAAAAAAUAAUGUAUGCACUCACUAACUGUAAGUCGCUCUGGAUAAGAGCGUCUGCUAAAUGACUAAAAUGUAAAAAAAAAAACAACAUAUAGAAUAAUAGGUGAAAGUGGUUUAUUUGCCAUGUACACACUAAGGCUGCAUUUACACAGGCAGCCCAACUCUGAUCUUUUUUCACUAAUUGGUAUUUUGACCAAUCAGAUCUUUUGCCAAUAAUUGGGCAAACAAUCAGAAUUGGGCUUCCUUAGUGAAAACACAGCCUAACACUAGGUUAUGUGAAGGAAUGUCCAGAAGGAGAGGUUCAGACAUGAGUUAUAAGGCUGCAUUUACACAGGUAGCCCAAUUCUGCUCUUUUGCCCAAUUAUUGGAAAAUGAGAUGAUCUAAUUGGUCAAAAGACAAAUUCUUGAAAAUAAAUGAUAAGAAUUUGGCUGCCUGUAAACGCAGCCUUAGAUGAAGUGCAGCGAAGAGGUUCACUGAGAGGUUCUCAGUCUUGGGGCUACAGUGAGGAACAAACCAUGAUGACCAAUUACCUGCCAGAGUUUGUAUGUGUAAGGUGCUCUUCUUGUUGACGCUUCUUUAGGAAAGAGCUUGUGCUGCUCAGUGUAACUGACACAGUGGUGACCCCUGCUGUUGGUCCCGUGAUUAGCCGAGGAAAUCUGGUUUACAAGUUUGUGAAGGUGCUGGCCCAAAUCCCCAUUUUGAUUAAGAAAUUGGAUGAUCCAGUGCCCAAGGUAAACAACAGGGUAUAUCAACAAUACUCAAAACCUACUUGCUCUAAAAUUGUUUUUUCCUCAACCUGUCAUGAAGAUGUUUACGGCUCAUGAUUAUUUGUAAUAUGCCACAAAAAAAACACAUUGUUGUUCACAGAUUGCAGAGAUGAUCAAACGUUUGGCCCAAGCGAACAUCUACCAGACUGACAGUGCAACAAGUGAGGAUGUUGUUGUUCUGUUCCAACUCCUGCGUGUGACAUCGCUAGAAGACCACGAGGUUCUGUGGAAACAGCUCUCAGGGAAUGAUGAACACAGGUGCAUAUUCAUGUUUAUUUAAUUUAUAUUCAUAAAUUAUAUGUAUUUUUAUAUUCAUUCAAACAUUCUAAGGUUUCUAUGGCAAACAUUUCUAUUUGAAGUGUAACAUAUGAAAGGAUUGUUUGCUACGAUGUGAGUUUUUUUAUUGUCAUCCUUAUCCCUUGUCAGACGGUGGUUUUUGGACACGAUUGUUGAAGUUGCAGACGCAAGAGUCCUCAAAUUCCUGAAGAACAGAUUCAAAGCCGGUGAUGUAUCAGCCAACGAGGCUGGACAAAUGCUUCUGAUCGCAUUUAAUCAUGUAGCAACGGAGACUGACUUGAUGGAGAUGGCCAAGGUGAGUUGUCUUGGUUGGAAGUAUUAUUAUUAUUAUACAGUAGAAAGACAAAGAGUACAUUGUCCCUACAUAGGCUUGUGGACCAUUUCGCACAUAAUUUUCAUACUAGAUGACAAAAUCAUGUGGUCGAUGUGAUGUGCUCAGAGAGAUUUAUAAUCUAUCAAUCGUCCCUCUGUAGGAGUUCCUGUCCAUGCCCUUCAGUAAGUCCCACCCUAUGCUGUGGAACACUGUGGUGCUGUCCUAUGGAUCACUGGUCUACAAGUACUGUGCCUAUGAAUAUGGUCAGCCUUGCCCGGUGGCAGUUGUUCAGGUAAUUAGCUACAUUACCAUUGCAUUACUUACUGGUAAAGAAACCAAAUGCAUAGGCUAUGUUCAAGUUUAUUCUGGUUAUAUGGCAGAAGAUGGUAGUGUGAAUGUUAUGACUACUGCUAAGUUAAUAUUGUGUAGCUUUGCUGUUGUACAGACUCUUUCUGUAUAGAUAUUAGCUGCAAAUCACUGCGGAUUAGAGAAUUCAAGAUGUGACACGUCCGUUUCAAACAGCCCCUGUUGGACCUGGUGACCGAUGGCCUGAAGAGAAACAGUGAGUUGGACAUGGUGCUAGCCCUGAAAGCCAUUGGGAAUGCAGGCCACCCCUCCAGCAUUAAGACCAUCAUGCGCUUCCUCCCUGGAGUGUCUGCCGCCCCUGUGACCCUCCCAGCCCGUGUGCUAAGUGCAGCCGUGCAGUCUCUGAGACACCUGGCUGUCAGAGAACCCCACAGCGUUAGUAGUAGUAGUAGUAGUAGUAGUAGUAGUAGCAGUACUAAUUUAGUAGUAGUAGUAGUAGUAGUAGUAGUAGUUUGGUUUAUUUCAUUGUGUACACAUUCCCAACUAAAAGCUAAAUUCCAGUAUACUAACAAGAAAAUAAAAAAGGUGUCAUGGAUAUUGUGGUUCUGGUGUCAGAGUUGAAUUGGUGUCAAUGCCAUUUCGACCCAGUCACAUUAGUACAGUGGGGAAAAAAAGUAUUUAGUCAGCCACCAAUUGUGCAAGUUCUCCCACUUAAAAAGAUGAGAGAGGCCUGUAAUUUUCAUCAUAGGUACACGUCAACUAUGACAGACAAAAUGAGGAAAAAAAAUCCAGAAAAUCACAUUGUAGAAUUUUUAAUGAAUUUAUUUGCAAAUUAUGGUGGAAAAUAAGUAUUUGGUCAAAAACAAAAGUUUCUCAAUACUUUGUUAUAUACCCUUUGUUGGCAAUGACACAGGUCAAAUGUUUUCUGUAAGUCUUCACAAGGUUUUCACACACUGUUGCUGGUAUUUUGGCCCAUUCCUCCAUGCAGAUCUCCUCUAGAGCAGUGAUGUUUUGGGGCUGUCGCUGGGCAACACAGACUUUCAACUCCCUCCAAAAAUUUUCUAUGGGGUUGAGAUCUGGAGACUGGCUAGGCCACUCCAGGACCUUGAAAUGCUUCUUACGAAGCCACUCCUUCGUUGCCCGGGCGGUGAGUUUGGGAUCAUUGUCAUGCUGAAAGACCCAGCCUCGUUUCAUCUUCAAUGCCCUUGCUGAUGGAAGGAGGUUUUCACUCAAAAUCUCACGAUACAUGGCCCCAUUCAUUCUUUCCUUUACACGGAUCAGUCGUCCUGGUCCCUUUGCAGAAAAACAGCCCCAAAGCAUGAUGUUUCCACCCCCAUGCUUCACAGUAGGUAUGGUGUUCUUUGGAUGCAACUCAGCAUUCUUUGUCCUCCAAACACGACGAGUUGAGUUUUUACCAAAAAGUUAUAUUUUGGUUUCAUCUGACCAUAUGACAUUCUCCCAAUCCUCUUCUGGAUCAUCCAAAUGCACUCUAGCAAACUUCAGACGGGCCUGGACAUGUACUGGCUUAAGCAGGGGGACACGUCUGGCACUGCAGGAUUUGAGUCCCUGGUGGCCUAGUGUGUUACUGAUGGUAGGCUUUGUUACUUUGGUCCCAGCUCUCUGCAGGUCAUUCACUAGGUCCCCCCGUGAGGUUCUGGGAUUUUUGCUCACCGUUCUUGUGAUCAUUUUGACCCCACGGGGUGAGAUCUUGCGUGGAGCCCCAGAUCGAGGGAGAUUAUCAGUGGUCUUGUAUGUCUUCCAUUUCCUAAUAAUUGCUCCCACAGUUGAUUUCUUCAAACCAAGCUGCUUACCUAUUGCAGAUUCAGUCUUCCCAGCCUGGUGCAGGUCUACAAUUUUGUUUCUGGUGUCCUUUGACAGCUCUUUGGUCUUGGCCAUAGUGGAGUUUGGAGUGUGACUGUUUGAGGUUGUGGACAGGUGUCUUUUAUACUGAUAACAAGUUCAAACAGGUGCCAUUAAUACAGGUAACGAGUGGAGGACAGAGGAGCCUCUUAAAGAAGAAGUUACAGGUCUGUGAGAGCCAGACAUCUUGCUUGUUUGUAGGUGACCAAAUACUUAUUUUCCACCAUAAUUUGCAAAUACAUUCAUAAAAAAUCCUACAAUAUGAUUUUCUGGAAAAAAAAAUCUCAAUUUGUCUGUCAUAGUUGACGUGUACCUAUGAUGAAAAUUACAGGCCUCUUUCAUCUUUUUAAGUGGGAGAACUUGCACAAUUGGUGGCUGACUAAAUAAUUUUUUUCCCCACUGUAUAUCAAGUCAUUUCCCAAAAUGAAAAUUAAUUAAAGACCUCAUAAAAAAAUUUGCAACUGAGUUUCUAUUGAUUUACUCAAUUGACUUUAUAUCAAAUAAAAUGAUAACCAGUUGACAUACAGUUGGAUGUUGUAUUAGUCCCAGUCUAAUCUCUUUGAUAAUAUGACUUUAGCUACAGUAUGACUUACGUGUGUGCUUUCAGGUCCAGGACAUCACAGUGAGCCUGUUUGUGCAGAGGCACCUUCCCACAGAGAUACGUAUGCUGGCCUGUAUGAUCCUGUUUGAAACUAAGCCACCUUUGGCUUUGGUGUCAACAGUGACUGCAUUCCUAUUGGAGGAGGCUGACAUGCAUGUGGCUAGCUUCUCUUACUCUCUCAUUUGGAGCAUUGCCAAAUCCAGCACUCCGGACAACCACUUCCUGUGAGUGUUUCUGUCAGGGCACAGUGACAUUUAUUGUGUCAAUGCUUCUGAUUUUGCAUUAAAACUGUGGCUGUUUUGUUAUCUUUGUAAAAGCUCAACAGCCUGCAAUGUCGCUGUGAAAAUCCUGGCCCCUAAAUUUGGUCGUAUCAGUUACCACUACAGCAAAGCUAUGCACCUCGAUUGGUUUAAUGGUAAGUUCAAAGGACCUGUAAGGGGCAUGGGUUUACUUUGAGAACAUACAGUAUAUGCAAGGCUGAGGAAACUGUUUUCUUCGCUCAUCAGUAAAAAACGUUGACUAACCACAUAUCUCUUGAAUAUCCAGAUGACUUCUUGAUUGGUACAGCCACUGAGAUCUUCAUGCUGAAAAAUGCUGCAAGCUACAUCCCAACAGAAAUAGUGACUAAAGGGAAAUUCCAUUUCAUUGGCAAAAUAUUACAACUUGUGGAGGUAAUCGGUAAUGUUCAUAUUAAUUGAUUUGUACAUGUUCUCCUGUUUCAUGCUGAAAUAUUUUUUUGGGGACUAUUGUUUGUGUCAUACAGCUUGGUUUCCGUGCUGAAGGAAUCAAGGAACUGUUUAGACAGAACAUUCAAGUUUUUAACGGCCAUCUCAGCUACACUGACUUUGAGGCCAUAUUCAAAGUGGUGAGUUCAUGACUUUUCAAGACGCAUACUGCACAGUUGCGGGCACAAAAAUAGCCCUCAAUGGUACUGUACCAUCCCUUCAAACUCAACUUUAUUCUAUUGAAUCAUCUUCUUUCAGCUGCAAGAUUGGCAGACAUUGCCCGAGGAUAAGCCUCUUUUGUCUGCCUAUACACGAAUCUUUGGUCAAGAGUUCUUCUUCGUGGAUUUGAACAAGGACUUAAUUCAGAGUGUUAUCAAGGUGAGAUUUCAACAGUCAAUCAAGUAUUGCAUGUUACUCAGUAUAACAUUGUGUCCCGCUCUAUCCAGUCUGGGCAAUAACAAAACCUUAUGAUACACAUUUCCUGUGGUCUCCAUAAGCUGUUACACACUGUGCUCUUCUGCCACGGUUACUCCAUGCAGACUGUCAGUCCAUCUGCAGGCAAAGAGAGCCCAGUCUGGAAAAUGAUUGAACAUCUUCAGAAGGGGAUGUCAUGGCACUGGACCAAGCCCUUCCUUAUGUUUGAGACCCGCUACAUCCAAGCCACCUCCCUCGGUCUCCCACUGGAAAUCAGCAAAUAUUAUAACACAGUAACAACCAUUACUGUCAAUGGUAAACAUUGAAUACCAGGGCCCUUUGAAUUCCAAAGCAGAAUAGAGUUUAAAAAUAUAAAUAAUCAAUAAAACGCAAACAUUUUCUCUUAUGUAGCUAAGGCUGCAAUCAGCCCACCCCUGACUGAUCGCCUGGGACAACUGUUGACCUCAGAUGUUUCACUAGUGACUGAUGGAUUUGCUGGGUAAAAUAUUUAUUUAUGUUUUGGUAGCAGGGGCAGUCAAACUCCUUGCAUAUUUGUAUGUUUCUUGUAAAGGAUAGUGAGAAAGAGAGAUAGUGGGUCGCUUGCAAGAGAGAUAGUGGGUCGCUUGCAGCACUACCAAGUAAGUGUGAUCUAGAGGCACUGAGGCAGCGACUUAAACAGCUGGACCACCCCAGGCCACAUCAAGUAUUUAUUUAAUGGACAACCAUGUACAGUAUUUUACAUCAUAUUAUGAGAAGAACAAGACUAUGAGGAACCCUCCCAUAUCAGUGGCUUCAUAUUACAGAAUGUCUUCAUGGCUCAAUUAUUAUUUAAUGCUAACAUAACUGAUUGUAUUCUAUAUGUAAUUUUAUUGCAGUUUCUCAAAGGACCAAUUUGUCUUCCAUGGGAUAAACACAGACAUUUUCCAGUGUGGUGCGGAACUGAAGAGUAAAACAGUAGUUGCCAUGCCAUGGGAAUUCAGCAUGAAAAUGAACAUCAAACAAAAUACAUUUGAACUUGACCUUCCUCCUUGCAAAAAGGAGACUAAGCUAUUCUCAGUCAAGUAUGUUUCUCACAUUUCCUUACACCUGUCGAAAAAAUAUUUUAAGUGUCGAUGGAUAGUAACUUAACAGAUGCUACUUUUCUUUUUGUUACAAUAGGUUUGAUGUAUAUGCGGUCUCAAGGAAUAUUGAGGAACCAUCAUUUGCUAAAAUGAACCCAAUGAUGCCUGACUCUAUUGAGUCUAAUGAGGAUAUAGAGCCACCUAAGCAAAGACAUUUGACUUCUGGACGAAAGGUACAAUCACCCUCCAUUGCAAAGAAUAUUACAUGUAACGUAAGAGAGAUGUGUGCAUGCCUAAUAUGCUUUCUUUUUUGUCAAAUAGAUUGUAAAAUUUGACAUUUACCAUCCACAAGUAAAAGUGUGUGCAGAGGCUAACAUCUAUGGGGCAGCUUUCUGUGUUGAGUCUGAGGCAACGAGAUCACACUACAUUGAAGAAUACCCCCUUUACUACUUAUUGGGAUACACCAACUUUGCAUAUACAAUUAAACCAGGUAACAGCAUCUACAAGUAUACAGUACAAUAUAGACAAAAUAUGCUUUUUCCUUGUACAUUGUUUUGGACUGUCAUUUAUUGAGCCUUAUUGGAUGUGCCAGGGAUUGGUCUAGCGGUAGUGCUGCCGACCCUGGACUGUACAUCAGCCCAGUGGCAGGGUUCAGUCCUUGCUUACACCUUACUUAACUUUACCUAUUCUAUACUUCCCUCUAAUCUAUCUUCCCCUUUCAUUCUUUCACAAGAAAGCACCACAAUUUGAAAGGGAAAUAAAAUUCCAUAAAAUAAACCAAGCCUUUAGAUUUCAUACAUGUAACAUGCGUGAUUAUGAAAUGUAAUUCCUCUCUUUCAUUAUCAGUCCAGUCCAACAAACCUGUUGACAGGAUUCACAUUGAGAUGAACGCCAGCCCAACCAAGUACCCAGUUAGUGUCCGCCAACUGCUUGACACCCUGCGGAGGCAUUCCAAGGUACUUGGUCAUGGUUGUACUGUCAUCAUCUGCACACAUGCAUUGCUAAGUUCAUACAGUAUGUGACCAUUUCUACUCUGUUUUUGUGUCUGCAGGACGCAACCAAGCAUUUCGAUCUCUCCUCUGAUUCCUCAAGCAGCAGAAUGUCUCGUCACGCAAGCUUCAAAGCCAAAGAAGCUUCUGCUUCUGAGGUAGAGCUAUGGCUGAAGUGCACCAUUGACUAGUGUACCUUUUUGUUGUGGUUGUUGUUUUUUGUUGUUGUUUUAAGGGGGCGGGGUAUAUUCAUAUCAAUCAAUAUGCAAAGACUGACUGCAUUCUUUCGGAUAUGGCGAAGGUACUAUGUAUUUCACUCUGAAACCUAGUUGUGUAUACAAAACAGUGAUGGCAGUAUAAGGACUUUUGCGCCUUCUUGUACUCCUCCUCAGGCUUGGAAUGCCACUCCUGAACCAUUGUUCACCAUCAAGGCUCUGGCCAUGAGUGGCAACACGAAGCCAGAGGGUUACGAAGCAGCUGCUUACUACACCCCUGCUGCCCAGAUGGACAACACCCAGCUGAUUGUGUCUCAGGUUGGGGAGGAGGCCAACUGGAAGUUGUGCACAGAUGCCAAUGUGGAUAAGGUCCGGCAGGAAGAGCUAAAGGUAAUAUACAGUACACUCUUAGAAAAAAAGGUGCUAUCUAGAACCUAAAAAGGUUAUUCGGCUGUCCCCAUAUGAGAACCCUUUGAAGAACCAUUUUUUGGUUCCAGGUAGAACUCUUUUGGGUUCCAUGUAGAACCCUUUCCCCAGAAGGUUCUACAUGGAACCCAAAAGGGUUCUACCUAGAAUCAAAAAGGGUUCUACCUGGAACCAAAAAGGCUUCUCGUAUCAGGACAGCCGAAGAACCCUUUUGGAACCCUUUUUUCUAAUAGUGUAGAUAUCUCUAACUAGGGAUAGGAGAAACAGGACUUGUUAUUCAAUGUGAUGGCUUCAUACGUGUUCUCUUUUGCAUGUUAGAUGCACCUAAGAUGGGGAGCUGAGUGUCAGUCAUAUGAGAUGUCUAUGAGAACUGCCACUGCACAUCUGCCCGGGUCCAAACCCACACUGAAGGCAAAGAUUCACUGGAAGACUGUUUCAGUGUACAUGACAGAGGUUGGUAAA